UCGACAGCCCCGACCGCACGGGCCGUUCGCCACGGCGCGAGCUCGAGCGCGGGGCGGGAGGGCGCCGCCGCCUGCCGCGCUUGCCCAGCCGGGACUCAGCGCCGACGGCCGCCGUCUCCUCCAGAGUUGCAGGCGGGCAGGCGGGCGGGGGAAGCGACAGCCGCUGAGACACCGACUGGACGUCACACCGCGGAGCCCGUCUGUCUGGGAGUCAGGGCGCGGCGGCUCCAUCCCCCCAAACUCUGCCGAGCCCCGAGAUGAGGCGGGUCUGGGGAGCCGGGGCCCGCGCGCUCCUACUCCUCCUGCUGGCGCGGCUGCCUCCGCCAGGCGAUGGGAACGAGGGCAGCAUCACCGGAAGUUGUCCCUGUGACAGGAUAUUUUCUUCUGACUCCCCCCCAUCGGCUCAAAUCAUGGAUCAUCUCCAACAACACCUAAAAGCCUACCAUCGCUGUCCACGCUACAUCAGGUUCCAACUACCUCUCCGGAGUGUAUGUGGGGGCCCGGAAGACCGGUGGGUUCGUAAAUUGAUUGGCUGCUUUGAUGGCAAAGAAUGUGGAAGCACUAAUUCAAAGAGUCGGGAGCAUUUACCUCUCCCCAGCACCCAGAUUCCUGAGCCCACGGGAAUUCCUGAUCCUUCAGACAUUGGCCAGACAUUCCUGCCAUCCUCCCUGCACCCCACCUUUCUACCAGCAGCACCAUCCUUGGAUAAAGAGCUCACCAACCUCAAUGAAACCACGACUCCCAUUGUGGGCCACAGUCUGGGAGUUAGACCUGAGGCUGGAGAGAACCAGAAGCAGCUGGAAGAAAAUGCAGGUUUCGCAGCUGGCACAUCAGCCGUGGUGCCGGUGUUGACUCUCCUGGUCAUUAUCUUCAUCCUCAUUGGAGUCCUCCUCUAUGUGCUGUGCAAGAGGAGGAGGGAGCAGUCACUGAAGUACUUUCCAGAUUCGCAGCUUCAUUAUACACCUGUGACACCAGACUCCAACGCCUGAGCCAAGAAUGGCAGCUUGUGAUGACAUUGGACUCAGGCCCAUGCCCCCUUACUAUGAUUCCUGGCUUCAGCUUCUGUGCUAAUGGUUCCCGCUUGUCCCAAGUCUCUCUUUAUACAACACGAGCUGUUCC